UCCUGCGAGUGCAGACUACAUUUUCAGCCGGCAGAUGCCAGCGUCAGGGGAGGAGGCGAGAGGAAAGGCAGAGAGGUCAACCAGAUAUGCGUCGUCCUUGCUACGCUAUGCAUGGGGAAAAGAGGAUGGACAGGAAAAAAAAAUACCGAGGGAAGGAGCGGUGGAAGAAGGCGUGAAGUCGAUGACAACGAUACUUUUUUCGAAUGAAACAAGCCAAGAAAAGAACCUCUUGGACCUUGCCGGCUUGAAGAAAACUGUCACAAGCCAUCUCAUGGUGUUCGGCAGCUCCCUGAUGCUCUUAUCAGCAGGCAUUUUUAUGCUUAUGGGUUGCAUAGGCGACAUCUACCUUUGCCGCGCACAGCGAUCAUACUACCAAGGCGACGCGGAACCAUUAAAGGACCUGACCAUAUCUCUGCUAAUGAAUGCCACGGAAAGUCGCCACUACGUGAUGAAACUUCUGAAAUACAGCUUAGUUGAAAAGCACUGCAGAGAGCAUGUUGGGAUUGGCGCACUGGCAGGGAUAAAACCAAAGGACCUCGAAGCCGCUCUCGAUGCAAGUAGCUCGAAAUCGUUCACUAUACAAUAA